AUGGCCCUGCUGCUGUGGAACUCUGACAUGGUACGCCAAUGGUGGGCCUGUCGGGAGCGGGAGGCCAAUGCCACGGUGGCUCUGGAGGACUGGGCCCAGGAGGGAGCCGAGCUGAGGUGGAGGCUGCAGGAGGGUGUCCGACGGGAAGAGGAGCUGGGUCGGCGGCUGGCACGCACCGAGGACAGCAGGUAUAGGCUCAAUUCCACGCUGCGAGCCUGCCAGAAGCACAAGAGUGAGGUCGAAGCCAACGUGACGGCCUUGAGGGGCCAAGUGGCUGCUGCCCAGGCAGAAAGCACAGAAAUGGGCACCCAGAACAUUGCCCUGCAAGAGGAACUGGCCCGGUGGAAGGAGGCGGCAGCAGGGAUGGAGCAGCGUCUGGAUGGAGCACUGCGCCAGUGGCAGGCGGUGGAGGCCGAGAGGGACGAAUGCAGGGUCCGGCAGUUUGAACUGCAGGGCAACAUGCGGAACCACCUGGCUGAAAUCACGGCACUCCGCAAGCAGCUGCGGUCCCGCUCGGUACCCUUUUGCAAAUUUAAUCACCCUAAUGGCCCCAAACCCAUGUUGGGCUUUGAUUCAAGCCUGACUGAUUUCCUCUUGGCCUGA